CAUGUUCCUUUGACUGUUUUUUUCCCCAUUUUAUGAGUUUCGAGCUCAGACCUGAACUGAAAGUUGAAAGCAAAUGAUGGUUUCCGAUGGUGGCUCUUUCUCUUCCUCUAAUCGCUCCCCUGCUCCCAAGUUCAACUCCUUCACCACUCGGGCUAAUUUGGUGGGGAUUUGAGUUUCAGGAAGCAGAUUGAUUAAUCGGCGGAUCAGUUAAUUUAGUGUAUAGUAAUUGAUAGGAAGAGAUGGCUUCAAUGGGUCAGUUACGGUGCUCAACGGUGGCCAGGCAAUUGCCUACCGCUACCGGUGAGAGCCGCCGAAUGGAGUCACAACCUUUGGUUACUGUCUCAUUCCCUCCGAACCAAUCUCUCCGCUUUCCCCAGAUGAGAAUUUUCAAUCCUCUCUCGCCUGCCAAACUCGAGAUUGCAUACGCUGGAGGAGAUGGGAGCAAUGGGGUGGGUCACAGUGGUGGCAGUGGUGGUGGAGGGGACGGAGGAUGGGGGGCAGAAGGGAAUUUCAAUUCUGAUUCCGGUAAUAAGUUGGAGGGUUUUGGGAUUUUGGGUCUUUUGCUAAGUGGGUGGAGGGACAGGGUUGCUGCGGACCCGCAGUUCCCUUUCAAGGUUCUAAUGGAAGAAUUGGUCGGCGUCAGCGCUUGCGUCCUCGGCGACAUGGCUACCCGACCGAACUUUGGCCUGAACGAGCUCGACUUCGUUUUCUCUACUCUCGUUGUCGGCUGCAUCUUGAAUUUCAUUCUCAUGUACCUCCUUGCCCCCACAGCCUCUGCAACUUCUUCCAGUCUCCCAGCAAUCUUCGCAAACUGUCCCAAGAGCCAUAUGUUUGAACCAGGUGCCUAUUCCCUGGCUAACCGUCUUGGGACUUUUGUCUACAAAGGAACUGUGUUUGCAGCAGUCGGGUUCGCUGCUGGGCUCGUCGGAACUGUGAUCUCCAAUGGGCUGAUCAAGAUUAGGAAGAAAAUGGACCCUGAUUUUGAAACCCCCAAUAAGCCUCCUCCAACGGUAUUGAACGCCCUCACCUGGGCCCUCCACAUGGGCAUCAGCAGCAAUUUAAGAUACCAAACCUUGAACGGAAUCGAAUUCUUAUUGGCCAAAGUGGCGCCUCCAUUGGUGUUCAAGACAUCCGUGGUGGUCCUGAGAUGCAUGAACAAUGUCCUUGGGGGCAUGUCGUUUGUGAUAUUGGCGAGGUUGACAGGAUCGCAGAGUGUGGAGGAAGUGAAGCCGGCAGUGGUGAAGGUUGGGUUUGUUGAAGAGAGGGAGAAGUUGGUGACCGAAAGUGGUGAGAAAAUCAAAGAGCAAUGAGUAGAAGUGGGAAGUGAUUUUGUUUCAUUUUUCUUGUUCUGUUUGUUCCAGAAAUGUUGUUUUUCAUUUUUGUUCAUAACUUCUGUUUAGUCUGUAUAUUUAAAAUGAAAAUAGUCUUAAUAAGGUCAGGAUGGACUGGUUAACUGAUUUCGGGUUGUGGGCAUGUGUAAGUAAGGAUCUUUAAAGAAUAAAAAAGUAUUGUCUCU